CAAAUCUCACUUCACAGACCGCUACCCAGUAUAUACACAAAAUGUCAUUUGCCAGCAAGGAAAACCCAAAGACUUUGGUGUUGUUUGAUGUCGAUGGAACUUUGACUCCAGCCAGAUUGUUCAUUUCUGACGAGAUGAAGAGCACUUUGGAAAAGUUGAGAAAGAAGGUUGUUGUUGGCUUCGUUGGAGGCUCGGACUUGAAGAAGCAAGUUGAACAGUUGGGUCCAAAUGUUUUGCAAGACUUUGACUACUGUUUCUCUGAAAACGGUUUGACUGCUUACAAGUUAGGUAAGGAAUUGGCUUCGCAGUCUUUCAUCACCUGGAUCGGCGAAGAGAAGUACAACAAGUUGGCCAAGUUCAUCUUGAAGUACUUGUCUGAGCUCGACCUUCCAAUCAGAAGAGGUACCUUCAUUGAAUUCAGAAACGGUAUGAUCAAUGUCUCCCCUAUCGGAAGAAAUGCUUCUACCCAAGAAAGAAAAGACUACGAAAAGUACGACAAGGAACACAAGAUUAGAGAGAAUUUUGUUACUGCCUUGAAGGAAAACUUCGCAGACUACGGCUUGACCUACUCCAUCGGUGGCGAGAUCUCGUUCGAUGUCUUCCCAACCGGUUGGGACAAGACCUACUGUUUGCAACAUGUUGCUGACGAGCACUUCGAAGAAAUCCACUUCUUUGGUGACAAGUCCUACAAGGGAGGUAACGAUUACGAGAUCUACGAAGACAAAAGAACCAUUGGUCAUGCCGUCAACUCCCCAGCUGACACCAUUAGAAUCUUGAACGAUAUCUUUAAAUUGUAAGCUAACCCUAAAUACCCUAAAUUAUAAUCAACAUACUCAUAGAC